AAUUUUACUGUGUGGAAAAUCGGAGGAACCGUUACCUACUGUCUGAUCUUUAUCGUUUCACUGGUCGCAAAUUCUCUCAUUGUUAUGAUCGUUUAUAAAACGCCGAACUUAAGAAAACCGAUAAAUUUUUUCAUCGCAAACAUGGCCUCAUCUGAUCUGCUGUAUCCAAUAUUCUGGAUACUUUGGAACCUGUCACUCUUGCAAGCCAACUCGUUUGUUAUCGGUGGUCCGCUUGGUCAGGCCUUGUGUAAGCUUCUCCCUUUCUUUUCUACCGUUUCCAUUACCGUUUCGAUUCAGAAUCUGAUUCUGAUAGCAGUGGAUCGAUUUGGAGCCGUGGCGUUUCCACUCCGUUCCCCACUCAUCAGAUCCAAGCUGUGUCCUUUCUUCAUUCUCGCUACAUGGAUAGUUGCCGCAGCGGUCAGUUCGCCAUUCUUGUUCGCUUACCAGCUCGUUGAAUACCCAGAGGGAAACUGGUGUGUUACGAAAUGGAAGAAAGCAUUCGAAGAGUCAUCGUCCAGUGCCAGUUUCUUACUAGCUUUCUCCAUUCUGUUUACGUACAUACCAAUGCUGUUGCUAGUCAUUCUUUACUCCAUCAUUGUUAUCAAGCUCAAGACACAGGCACACCCAGGUGAACAGUCCGCCAACAGUCAGCAACAGCGGGACAGAAGAAACCGAAACGUGCUUCAAAUGUCCAUUGCCAUCGUAACAGUGUUGGGGCUUUGCUGGUUACCUAACUCUAUCAACGCUUUAAUCAUAUCGUAUCAGGACACGCAUUUCUCGUGUAGUUUCUCGAUAUACGCCUCAGUCACCUUUUUUAUGGGUACCACGUACUGUGCUAUCAACCCAGUUAUCUGUUUUCUGUUUAGCAGUAAUUACCGAAAAGCUCUUAAAAGACUCAUUAAAUGUUCUUUUGUACAGGCGUAGGUCGCAAAAAUGUGCUUUUGGUUGAAGAUGUUAAGAGUUAGAGGUUGGUGGAACACUCGCGAAUAAAUGUAUCAUGACUACUGAUCAAUGUAUUUUUAGUAGUAAUUAUCGAAAAGGUCUUAGAAGACUCAUGAAAUGUUGUCCUGUACAGGGGUAAGUCGCAAAAAUGUGCUUUUGACUGAGUAUGUUAAGAUUUAGAGGUACGUGGAACACUCGCGAAUAAAAAAUCACCACCACUGCCGUUGACGUACUUAACUGAGGAUUAAGUCUGGCAUGACUACGAAAUGUGACAGCAUAUAAAUUAGGCCACGUAUUGUUAAAGAUUGGGCGGUAAAUAAAACUCAGGGACGGACCAUUAGAAACGUUAUUGGGGGCGUAGGCAGGUGAAGUACAACUGUACAACUAAGAACUCUUAAUUACUGCAGAACCGCGAAGUUAUAGAAAAGGUUCUGCCGAAAAAAAGGAAGGAAUAAAGCGGACAAUUCUAAACCUCUGUUGAAAUUUUAGCACCACCCCAAGGUUUGACACUAAUGUUUAGGUCGUCAAAAGAACUUGAGCAAAGAAAAAAGCCGCAUGUUUUUGUUGCACGUAUGCCGUUCGCCUAUUGCAAAAAAAUACAGGAACCAAAAACGUUAAACAGGAAGUUUAAGCGGCAAGGUGUUGUCUUUUAAACAAAAUCAAUCAAAUGAUACUGCCCUUUGAAAUGUUUUUAAAGACAUUUUUUCGCUUGAUAUAUUUUGAUCACCUAUGUUUAAAUACCUAAUGGGUGUAUUUCUACAUGCAAAUAAUAAGUACCACACCAGUUUUAUAAUGUACACUCAUAUUGGUUUCCAAAUAUCUUUUCAAUCGAUUUCUAAAUAAAACCACAAUGGCUUUAAAAUAGCAUCCAUUGUCUGUUCAGCUUGAAAGGACGGCCAUGUCGGUCUUAAUAACAAUUAUUGUGCUAAGGCCUCGCAAAGGGGACAAACAUUGAAGUUUAAAACGUUUGAAACUUAAAUGAUGGCCUCGAUGCAUAUACUGCGUUGUAAAGAGGGCGACAGACAAUGGCGGGCGAUCCAGUCUUGGAACUGUUUCAAACGAGUUACCAAGAAGAGACAAAACUACAAUACCGGAUAAACUGUUAUCGUUCGUAGAUGAGAAAAUUUCCUGCGCUCUCGGACCACAAGACUCCCUGAUGACUCUUUUACGACUUCCACGUGGGGCUUAUUAUUAAGAGCCACAUUAAAAAUGUCUUAGCCUGGCGUUGUAUUUUUGCUAUCUAUUUGACGCAAAUUCAACAUACGUUUUCAAAUGGGCGUUUUGAACACAUUAGAAUAAACUAACAGCUCUACACUAGUGAAGAAUUUAAUAAUAAUAAUAAUAAUAAUAAUAAUAAUAAUAAUAACUUCAUAAAAAAUACAGUCCUGGUAUUUACAUAUACUGUUAAGCGAUGAUAAUGCAAGCAACAGACUUCCAAAAAAGUCCUUCGUCCGAUUUCAUUUGCGCGGGCUAUACAAAAGGGGAUGCUCUUCAGUGGUUACUGUAUGAUAUUGUUAAAUUUUGUUUAGAAACCAAUUCUUUGUUCUCUCUCUUUGCUUUCCUUGGUUUUAUAUGGACUGGACAACCCAAGCUUGAAAGUGAAAUUUAAGACCGAAAAUCGAUUUGACAAAGUAAAUAACUCGAAGGUUCAAUGUUAAUGAGUUUCUCCUAGCCAAUUACAAGACUUACUCAAGCAUUGAUAUGAGUUUUAAAGCGUUUGAGUCACUCUGGUCAUUAUAAAUUCAUGAUUGCUACACCGUUAUCGAGCGAUAAAAUUGUGAACAACAAUUCGUAACAAUUAAAAGCAGUCAAAGAAGGCUGAACAAGCCUCGUCUAUUUGUUGAGUAAGAACCUGCUAGUUUCCCUUUGCCCGACAGCAGACUCCUGCUUUUCGAAUUUCCCGUUUUUAGAUAGAUCGAGAAGUAAAUGAUAUAAACACUGGCUGCUUCAUGCACACGUGAUAGCAGGCAUUUAUUUUUGCCUCAUAUUUUCCUGUUAGGCCUGUUAAUUGCUUAACGGCAGGCAGCUUCUAUUCCGUGCUUCCUGUGUUUACCUGCCAAAUUGUGUACUUUAUGAUCGUAUUGCUAACGAUAACAUUUCACACACCUGUUUAAAAAUGGUGUUAAGCACGCAUUUUCGAUUAUCUUUACCGAGAAUCGUUUCAGUCUCACCGUAGCUACAUGACAGGUCUAUGCAUUUCUCGUGCAGUUUUUGGCUAUACUUUGAUGUCACCAUGUUUAUGUCUAACGCGUACUGUGCUAUCAACCCGAUUUUCUUUUUCAUUUUUAGCAGUAAUUGAUUACCAAAAAGCUCUUAAAAGACUCAUAAAAUGUUCUUUUCUUCGGGCGUAGAUCGCAAAAAUGUGCUCAGUUUGGCUCGCAAAUAUAUCAUAUAUCAUGACUUUCAGUGUACUCCAGCUCUCUGAGAAGGGUUUAAUAUAUUAGUGCGAGAAAUGACAGCAUAGGCGACGUGUUGUAAGAGUUUGGAUAAAACUCGGCCGCGGACCGUUAGAAACGUUAUUGGGGCGUGGGCAGGAGAAGUACAAAAGCAUUCGUUCAUGCAAGGGAAAAUUUAUUAACCGAAAAUUUAAGGGAAAUGUUAACGAUAAAAAUUCGAAUAAUGAUAAUGGUAUGAAAUAUCUCCUAGUAACUCUUAACUGUCUGCCUAUUGCUGUAACUCCUGCUGUUCAGCACGUAUUGCAUUUUUAAUUUGUAAUCACACAUCCAUAAAUAAUUCAUUGCAAAGUUUAGCCAAUGAAAAAAGCUCAACACCUCAGUUCGGUGGAUCGACUAAUUGAUCUGAGAUGAUUUUCAAACUGUUAUUUUAGUGCCUUCCUUGCUCUCAUUGUUUAAAUUCUGUUUAGAAGCCAAUACUUUGUUCUCUCUGUUUCCUCUCCUUAUUUUAUAUUGACUGGACAAACCAACCUUACCCCCCUUACGGUGAAAUUUAAAAACAGGCAAUCGUUGUCACCAAGUAAAUGACUCGAAGGUUCCAUAUAAUGCUAUUAAGCCGCUCCUAUAGCCAAUGACAAAGACUUCUCAGGCAUUGAUAUGAGCUAAGCGGGGGAGUGCGGUUUCUUGCCAAGUGCCACAAUCAUGUAAUUGUAGUACCGGCAGAAGUUCGUAAAAUCAAAGGGAGGAAAAGAAAUAACAAGCCUUGUCUUUUUGUUGAAGAAGGACUUAUUAAUUCUUAAUUAGACUGGACAACCCAACCUUAACCUCCUUUAAGGUGAUAUUUAAAAUAAGAAAUCGUUUUCACCAAAUAAAUGAUUCGAAGGUUCCAUAUAUGUUAAUAAGCCGCUCCUAUCGCCAAUCGCAAAUGACUUCUCUAGCUGGUUUACGGGUUGCGGAUAGGAUAAUAUUCCAUUGAAAAAGUCAAAAAGUGUCAAAUGUUUUUAGGAAACAGACGUUUCGCGUAAAUAACUCUUCUUCAGUAUCAAGAAAACCGUUAUUAUUACGCCUUCUGGCAAUUGCCAUAGACAUAAAAAUGAGGCGCGUGCGCGUGUAAAUAAUGGCAAGCGCAGCUGAAAUUGAUAUUUAGUCCUUUAGGUUUGAACGGUUCCUUGCUGCAAGAAAACCCUCAUUUCACGCUGCUUCGGUUGGAUGUCGGUUCCACUGCAUAGAGCCAUCCCCACACCACACACCUGGAAAUCGGAAAUACUGUGGCCCGUCGAGUUCAAAUGUUGCGCCACAGGAAGCUCAGGAGUGUUGUUGCGCAUGCGUAUACUUCGCAAACGUUCGCCAAAACGACUCCUGACGUUUUAAAGAACUGGGUAUCGGCGGCAGGAUAUGCAGUAAACAAGAUUCCCUGAUUGCCUAGAAUGUGAAAGUUCUGUAGUAGAAAUCCUUUGACUUUGGUGCUAAACGAGUGGCAUGCGAGAUCAAGACGCACCCAAUGAACGGUUGCGAAAGUCUUUUCGAAUGGGUGCAGCACGUCAUGGUGGUUAAUAAUUGCAUUGAUAUGAGUUAGGGGGGUGGGUUUUCUGGUCAUUGUUAAGAAAAAAAAUGCCCCAACAUUAUCGAGAGAAAGAAUUGUAACAACAAAUACUGAAGUUUGUA